CUUUAAUAUAUCAUCAAAUCUAUCUUUUUAUAUCUUUCAUUCUUAUAAUAAUAUUUUUGAACAUAUUUCAAAAAUCCCUUUCUUAUGUCUUUAUCUUUCACUCUCCGCACUUGCUAGGCAAUCUAUCAAAACGCGCGAUCCUCAUUAAUUUAUCUAUUUUUUUUUUCUUUUUCCCCAGUUUUUUUUUUCAUCCAAUGACACCUAUCAUGGAUAAACAAACUUAUUUGAAAGAAUAUCUAGACUUUGCUAUCAAACUUUCAAAAGAUGCUGGUGUCAUUAUUAAAAAAGCAAUAGAUAAACGAAUGAAAGGUGGUCAAGCCAAUAUAUUAUUAAAAUAUGAUAAUCCAAGUGAUUUAGUGACAGAAACUGAUCAAGCUGUAGAACAAUUUAUUAAAGAUAGACUAACUAAUACUUAUCCUACCCAUAGAUUUAUAGGUGAAGAAACUAUGGCUGCUGGUACUGAAACUAUUUUUACAUCAGAACCCACUUGGAUUGUUGAUCCUAUUGAUGGUACAACCAAUUUUGUUCAUGGUUAUCCCUUUGUUGCUGUAUCAAUUGGAUUAACAAUAGACAAGAUACCUGUACUUGGUGUGGUAUAUAAUCCAUUACUCGAUGAACUCUAUUCUGCCGCAAAAGGAUUAGGUGCCUUCUUAAAUCAAACGAUACCUUUACCACUCUAUCAAUCACCCUUGAUAGAUCUUUCACAAUGUUUAAUUGCAACUGAAGCAGGGUCUGAUCGUUCUUCUGGUGUGUUGGACAAGAAAAUAGAUGUUAUUCAUACUUUAUUACGACGUACAGGUGGUGUGGAAGCUCAUAGUAUACGUGCUACAGGUUCGGCAGCCUUGAAUAUGUGUUCUGUGGCCAAAGGUUGUGUAGAUGUCUAUUGGGAAGUUGGAUGCUGGGAAUGGGAUGUCACGGCUGCUAUUGUGAUUUUACAAGAAGCUGGUGGUAUCGUUGUCUCUGGUGAUAAUCAACGUGAUGAAUCUCCUGUCAAUAUCUUUAGUCGCAAGUAUUUAGCUAUUCGUGCUGCCGAUACUAAAUCUUCUCAAUUGAAAAUCGCUCAUCAAAUGUGGGAUAUCUUACCUGAUAUUGAUGCUUCUCGUCCUUCUGUCCCUGGUGGAUUUGAACCCUUAGUUUAGUUUUUUUUUUUUAUGUAGAAUCGUACAAUACAAAAAUAAAAGAAAUAUUAUAUUACAUUGUCAAAAA